AUGCUUUCCUCCACCACAAUAAGAGUCACGAGCCUGCAAAACAUAAGACUAGCUCGCAACUCAUUCUUGACAUCGACAUCUGCCUUCACAACAAGUGGAGCAAAAACGUCAAGUCCCGAGUGGAUCAGAUCUUUCUCCCAAACAGCAUCUUCUCAAAAGUUCCAAGUCCCGAUCAGGACACGCAACUCACGAAACACCACCAUGGCGGACGACUACAAGACUCGCGCUGGCCAGAUCUUCAACCGCGAUGCAUUCGAGUCACUCAUCAAGCGGAAGCAGUUCUACUGGCAAUCUUUCGAACCAUAUGGCGGAACCAAGGGUCUUUUCGAUUAUGGUCCACCACUGGCCGCCAUUGAGGCCGAAUUCACAAACAUCUGGAGAGACCACUUCGUCCGCUCAGAGAAGAUGAUGGAACUCAAAUGCUCUAUGUUGACUCCGUAUCCGGUGUUCAAGGCGUCUGGUCACGUGGAGAGAUUCAAUGAUUUCAUGUGCAAGGACACCAAGACCGGUGACAUUCUGCGUGCCGAUCAUCUGAUCAAGGACGUUCUUGAGGCACGGUUGAAGGGAGACAAGGAAGCACGAGGUGAGAAAGUCAGCGAUGCGCCCGAAGACCCAAAGAAAAAGAAGAAGGCAUCAAAGGUCAAGAAUGAGGCAGUCAAGCUCGAUGAUGCAGUCGUCCAGCAGUACAACGACAUUCUGGCUACUCUUGACGAUACAGUUGCUCAAUGGGGCCAGAUGAUCAAGGAGCACAAGAUGGUCAACCCAGUCACUGGCAACGAGGUCACGGAUCCUGUGGAGGUCAACCUCAUGUUUCCCACGCAGCUGGGCAUGUCUGGCAAGGAGCAGGCCUACCUACGACCAGAGACCGCGCAAGGUCAAUUCCUGUCCUUUCCAAAGCUUGUCGAGUACAGCGACGGCCAGCUACCAUUCGCCUCCGCUUCAAUCGGCUACAGUUUCAGGAAUGAGCUUUCACCAAGAAACGGUCUUCUCCGGGUUAGAGAAUUCUUGAUGGCAGAGGUUGAACAUUUCGUAGAUGCAGAGGGUGGCAAGAAGCACCCAAAGUUCGCCUCCGUCAAGGACGUUGAGCUUCCCUUGCUCGAUCGCGAUACCCAGUCCGGUAAUGAGGCAAAGGGCAUCUCACCAUCAACUACACCUCAGACCAUGACGAUCGGCAAGGCAGUCGAGACGAAGUUGGUAGACAACGAGACUCUCGGCUACUUUCUUGUCCGUAUCUACCGGUUCAUGGAGCGCAUUGGUGUCGACACGAAGAAGCUGCGAUUCCGACAGCACAUGGCUAACGAAAUGGCACACUACGCCUCCGACUGCUGGGAUUGCGAACUGCAGGGAUCCUACGGCUGGGUGGAAUGUGUUGGCUGUGCCGACAGAAGUGCUUACGAUCUGAGCGUGCACGAGAAGGCGACAGGCGUGCCUCUUCGUAUCCGCGAGCCGCUCAAGGAGCUACAGCAUAUUGAAGAAUAUGUUGCACAGCUGGACAAGAAGGAAUCUGGGCCCAAGCUGAGGAAGAACGUCGGUGCUGUUCAAGCGGCGCUCGAUGAUCUGACUCAAGACAUCAAGGAGAAGUUGAGCAUCAGCUUGCAGGAGCAGGGCAAGGUCGAGGUAGAAGUGCCCAACCUUGGUAAGAUCCAGCUCGGCAAGGAACUUGUUAAGAUCGAGAAGGAAAAGAGGACAGUGACGAUGCGCGAGUUCGUGCCCAACGUCAUCGAGCCAUCAUUCGGCAUUGGCCGUAUUCUUUACCACCUGCUCGAGCAUGCUUUCUGGGUCAGAGAGGGCAAAGACGAGGCCCGAUCAGUCAUGUCCUUCAAGCCAACAGUAGCACCAAUGAAGGUGUUGGUUGUGCCACUGCAGAAAGACCAGAAAUUCGCAUCACUGAUCCAGCAGCUCGAAGACAGGCUAGAUGAGGAAGGUCUUUCCUACAAGGUGGACCAGUCUGGUGUGAGCAUCGGCAAGCGUUACUCGCGCAACGAUGAGCUGGGAAUCCCAUUCGGCAUCACCAUCGAUUACGAAUCACUGGAGGGCAAGACAGCUGGCACAUUCACACUGCGUGACCGCGAUAGCACGAAGCAGGUCCGCGCAAGCCUGGACGAGAUUGUCGAGGCGAUCGCCAAGGUGGUGAAGGGCAAGUGGUCAUGGAGCGACGUACAGCAACGUCUCCCUGCGUACGAAGGCAAGGAAGAAGAGAAGGAAUAG